CCCGCCCUCCAUGUUGGCAAUUGUCUAUGGCGGGACCGGGUUGGGCCGGCUGGGGCGGAGAGUCACAUGAGCGGCUGCCUGAGCUCGUCCUGCUCGGUUGGCGAAGAGCUUUGGCUGGGCCUGGCGUGGGCGAGGCUUCCCAUGGCCGCCAAUUCCUCCCUCCUCCCCCACCGGCUAGCCACAGGUUUGAGGGAGUAGCGGCGGAGCGACCACCUGUGAGGAGCAUGCGCGCCACGAAGCUCUUAUAUGACAGCCCAAAAGCACGACAAGAAGUGGAUCAUCACUGGCGAGCUUCAGGCUGUCCCCAUAUUGUCCAUAUCUUGGAAGUUUACGAGAAUAUACACCAUGGGAAGAGAUGCCUUCUAAUCAUCAUGGAGUGCAUGGAGGGAGGGGAACUCUUCACUCGAAUCCAGGAGCGAGGAGACCAAGCUUUCACCGAAAAAGAAGCCUCCGACAUAAUGAGAGACAUAGGAACAGCCAUCCAACAUCUUCAUGGGAUGAACAUAGCUCAUAGAGAUGUCAAGCCAGAAAACCUUCUUUAUACAUCCAAAGAUAAAGAGUCAGUGCUUAAGCUCACAGAUUUUGGGUUUGCUAAAGAGACAACCAUACAGAACGCAUUGCAGACUCCUUGUUAUACCCCUUACUAUGUGGCACCAGAAGUACUUGGUCCUGAGAAAUAUGACAAAUCCUGUGAUAUGUGGUCUCUUGGUGUCAUCAUGUAUAUUCUUUUGUGUGGAUUCCCUCCAUUCUAUUCCAAUACUGGCCAACCCAUUUCCCCUGGAAUGAAAAGAAGAAUUCGGAUGGGGCAGUAUGGAUUUCCAAAUCCUGAAUGGUCAGAGGUAUCUGACGAAGCCAAGCAGCUUAUUCGUCUACUGCUGAAAACUGACCCAACAGAGAGGAUGACCAUUUCUCAAUUUAUGAAUCAUCCCUGGAUUAAUCAAUCCAUGAUGGUGCCACCAACCCCUCUUCACACUACUCGAGUCCUGCAAGAAGAUAAAGACCACUGGGAUGAAGUGAAGGAGGAAAUGACUAGUGCUUUGGCAACCAUGAGAGUAGACUAUGAUCAGAUAAAAAUUAAAGAUUUGAAAAUAUCCAACAAUCGACUCCUCAACAAACGGCGUAAGAAACAAAAACAAGGAGGCACCUCAACUGCAUCACCUGGCUGUAACAACCAAUAAAGACGAGAGAAAUAAAAUGAAAUAAUUAGUUGAAUUGAAAUCAUUGCGCAAAGGAUACAUAACUGAAACACGAAUGUGGGUGAUGAGAACUUUUUAUUUCAAUGCAACUGGGCCUUUUUCUACAAAUAAUUUUGUUAAUCAUUCUUAUUACAUUUUAGUAUACUUUACAUAAGGAGCUGCAACAAACCUUAGAAUAUCAGUGAAGUUUGGAUAAAUACAUAUUUCUUGUGGUAAUGCGGGUUCAGUGCUUACAAAAGCACAGUCACAACAAGCAAUUCUCAAUCCCUUUUUUCAUAUAAAGCAAUUAAGAGCAUCCAUCUGCUUAACUCUCAGAUGAAUUCAUAAGGACAUAAAUGUGCUUAAUUUAGACUGGAUUAUGCUGAAUCCAUUCAAGAAAAAUAGAAUAAACCAUGCAUAAAGCAAAGGAGUAAAAAAAAAAUCAGGUUAUUACAAGAAGCAAUCAAAGAAUUAUGAAAAAGUAAGUUUUUCAUAUAUUUUUGCUUGAUUUUCAUUGUUCAUUUCUAUUGUAUUUAAUGUUCUUAUCAGGUUAAUGCUCUUAUUUUAUACACCGUCCAUCUGUAUAAGGAAGCAUUGCUUUUUAGUCUUUGGGGAAUAUUUACAAUUUAAAGUUUAAGGGAUUAAUACAAGCUUGCUUCCAUUCUUACAUUCAGAUCAUGUAGGUAAAAACAAUGUAGUUAGUCAUAUGUGAAGUGGGCACACAUUUUUUUCAACCACAGGAAACUUCCACUGGCUGCCUUGUAGGAUCCACAUAGCAAAACAGGUAUGAGGGCAGUUGCUACAUUUUAUGAUUUAGAUGUUCCAUUUCAUUGUUUACGUAUAGGACAUAAUUUAUUUUCAUCACAUAUUUUUUCAAGUGUUUACUUUUUUAAAUUAAGUAUCAGAGAUUAAUAUAUAGCAUUAAUCAACCAAAGUAUCAUCGUUUGUCAGCAUCCACAACUUUGCACAAAGAUUUUAGCUGAAAAUGUAUACAGUUCAGAAGGAAAUGAAUCCCAGAUGCACUAUGAUUUUUUUACUAAAAGAACCAUCAGGGUAUAGCUAGAGGGCACACUUUUUGCAUUCUUUUCCAGUAGUAAAGAGCUUCCAGUGGUCUGGGGUUGAUAUGGACAGGGGUAGAAUUAUUGCCCCCCCCCCCAUCUUUCUUGUGAUGUUGUUUUUAAAAACAUAUUAAAC